CUGCAUGACAUCACCGGCUUUAAAUAUUCCAGCUGCUUUUUUUUUCUCUCAGCGAGUUUGUGCUCCACACAAUGACCAUGUAGAGUGAGCAGAGGAAACUGCUCAGCUCCAGACUUCGCCACCCAGUUCCCCAGGACGUGGCUAAAGAAAGCAUCUCACUGGAGAGAGAGACUCAUAUUACUACAGGCAGGCAGACCAAGAACAGCACUGUUUGAACAGGCUCAGAGGAGCAAGACGGAAUCGCUUAUCCGCUUAAGGAAGGUUUGCAGCAGCUGCUGUGAAUUGAGACAGAGAAAACGAGCAAGUCUGUAAACUUGGGAGAAAAGUCCGAAUCAGUGGACUGUUGGAAAUCUUGAAAUUCUUCAUCAUGGCUCUCUCGACCCCACAGAAUGGAGUGGACGGACACAAGGAUCCUUUGAUAGAGUUGUUUGUUAAGGCUGGAAGUGAUGGAGAAAGCAUUGGUAAUUGUCCAUUUUCUCAACGACUGUUCAUGAUCUUGUGGCUGAAAGGUGUGGUCUUCAAUGUCACGACAGUUGAUCUGAAGAGGAAACCUGCUGACCUGCAAAAUCUUGCUCCAGGAACACACCCCCCAUUCAUAACCUUCAAUGGAGAAGUGAAAACUGAUGUCAAUAAGAUUGAGGAAUUCCUUGAGGAUAUCCUGGCUCCACCCAAGUAA